AGCGGCCGCAGCUCACCUCACCUCCCCAGAAGCAUCAGCAGCAACACGACGUACUCUACGCACGCACGCGCCGGCUCCAACGAGCACACACAGCUUAGGGCCGGCGCAGCAAGCGAGCAGAUUAAAUGGGGAGGGCGCCGUGCUGCGAGAAGAUGGGGCUGAAGAGGGGCCCGUGGACGGCGGAGGAGGACAGGAUCCUGGUGGCGCACAUCGAGCGCCACGGGCACAGCAACUGGCGCGCGCUGCCCAGGCACGCCGGCCUGCUCCGCUGCGGCAAGAGCUGCCGCCUCCGCUGGAUCAACUACCUCCGCCCGGACAUCAAGCGCGGCAACUUCACCCGCGAGGAGGAGGACGCCAUCAUCCACCUCCACCACCUGCUCGGCAACCGAUGGUCCGCGAUUGCCGCGAGACUGCCGGGGAGGACGGACAACGAGAUCAAGAACGUGUGGCACACUCACCUCAAGAAGCGGCUGGAGCCAAAGCCGUCGUCCGGCCAGCCGCAGCGGGCGGCCGCCCCCGCGCCCAAGCGCAAGGCCAAGAAGGCUGAGGCGGUAGCCGUGGCGGUGCCAGUGCCGGUGUCGCCGGAGCAGUCACUCUCGACGACGACGUCGUCGGCCGGCACCGAGGACUGCUCGAUGGCCUCGUCGGCGGACCAGAACGCCACGGACAGUUUCACCUCUGAGGAGGAGUUCCAGAUCGACGACAGCUUCUGGUCGGAGACGCUGGCAAUGACGGUGGACAGCUCCGACUCCGGGAUGGAGAGCAGCGAACCACCCUGCGUGGACAGCGCCUCCCCGCCGGCGUCGAGCAACGACGACGACAUGGACUUCUGGCUCAAGCUGUUCAUCCAGGCCGGUGGCAUGCAGAAUUUGCCCCAGAUUUAGGCAGGCAGACAGAAUUGGCCCCUUGGGUCGAUCUCCUGUUCAUUUUUCUUACCACAAUUCUUUGAAUCUUUGGAGCUGUGUACAUCUUUACGAAGCGGAAAGCUUGAUGGAAAAUGGAGAAAAAAAAGCAAACUUUUCUUUCA